CACGGCACGGCGGUCGGGCCGCGCUCGGUGUGUUGACGACCAGCGGGCCUCCACGUGCGUAGCGCGAGUGCUCAGUGACAGUGCCAUGAAGAGGAGGAAGUCAUGAGAGAGGGCGCCCUAGCCAUGACGACGCCGUCCACGCCGACGGCGCCCAGGAGGACCAUCGGUUUCUCCAUCGACUCGAUCGUGGGGCGCCGGAGUCCGUCGCCGAGCCCGGAGCCCGGGCCGCUGAUGCUGGCGGCGCGCGGCGGCCCGCGGACGCCCAGCCCCGACAGCCCCAUCAGCCCCGGGGGCCGGAGUCCCAUCAGCCCCGGACGCAGCCCCAUCCGCAGUCCGUCCUCCGCGUCCGAGACCGAUGACGGCGACCUCCACCGGCCGCAGGGCCUCCAGGGCCACGUCGUGUACCGGCCCGCCGCGCUGCCGCCGCCGCUCGGCCCCGGCACCGCCUGCUUCCCCGGCAUCCACCCCCCGCCCCACCCCCACCACCCCGCCGCGCCCCCGCACCACCCCGGGCACCCGGGGCACCCGCCACUGCUGCCCCCGCCCAUGCCGGGCUACCCCCUGUACCCCUGGCUCAUGGCGGCACGCCACGCCAGGCCCUUCCAGCCCAGGUUCCUCGGAGGCCCCGACUUCGCCGGCUUCCUGCUGCACCCGUUCCGCAAGCCCAAGCGGAUACGGACGGCCUUCAGCCCCAACCAGCUGCUCAAGCUGGAGAAGGCCUUCGAGAACAACCACUACGUCGUCGGCGCGGAGCGGAAGCAGCUCGCGCAGAGCCUCGGCCUCUCCGAAACACAGGUGAAGGUGUGGUUCCAGAACCGGCGGACCAAGCACAAGCGCACGGAGCAGGAGGAGGAGGCCAAGCGCACCUCGACGGGGUCCUCGCCGCAGAAGCGGCCCUCGGGCUCCACGGAGUCCGGGCCCAGGUCCACCAGCACCUCGGACCGCGACGGCCACCCCUCGCCCUCCCCGCCGAUGUCCCCCGAGUCCAUGGACGAGCACAUCGACCCGGACGACGACGGCCCGGACUGAGUUCGAGUCUCGGGUUCGAGUACCGGCCGGGCCGCCGCUUUUUGUGCCCAAGGGAUUCUGUGAUUCGCCCAGCUGGGUUAACAUUGUUACCAAACGUGUCAAGAUCCUUCCGGAGGGGAGGCAGCACUGACGUUGUGUGGUCAGGCGUUGAGGACUCGUCGCCGAGUUCAACAGUUCCUCAACUUGCGUUGACUUUUUUUUUUAAAGUGUGAAAGAAAGAUGGACUCCAUGUGCUAUUGCGUGUAUAAUUUAUCUGCCUUUAUUUUUAUUAUUUCUUUUCCGAUGAAACAGAGUUCCUCUGAGGGGGGACGCGAAUCCCUCUCAAAUAUCAAGACUGCGUUAUGCUACUUAUUUAUUGUUGCUGUGUCUGUGACCGACUGUAGAGAGCAUCUACUGAAAUUUACUGUCUUGCAGCACUUUUGAUGCACUUUUUUGCUCUGAAAAACCUGGAAUAAUCCUUCAGUGAUGACUUAACGAUCUCUUCGCAAUGUUGACUAUAAUAGAAAGGUCUUUCAAACAGAGUGUUGGUCCUGUUCCAUCUUGCUGCAAUCUUUGAUUUCCACGCCAAUUGUUCACACGUCUUUAGUCAUUUUUUUCGUACGAGUGUAAUAAUUGUAAGUAGAGUUACUGUACAAAUUUGUAAAAAGAAUAGGUUUUAUCUGCAUAAAGUUUAUCGAUACGGUAUAUAUAAGAUGGUUCAAAUACAUUGUGCUACUUACCAAA